UUUUUUAAAUAAAUGAACAAAAGUCUCGUUUUAAGCAUAAUUUCUGUUCUACUAAUCACAUCCUCCAUCGCUCAGGAAGUCAGUACUAAUAAUGAUUGGUGGCUCAGCAUCGGAGAAUUAGCCGACAAAUAUGGAUAUGAGUACGAAGAUACCUACGUCACCUCAGAAGAUGGGUAUAUUUCUAAGCUUCACAGAAUAAGAGGUCCACUCGGUCAAGACAAUUCUAACAGAGAACCAUUUUAUGCAGUUGCUCCUUUCGCAACAUCAGAGGCUGUCUUCUUUUUGCACGGUCCUGAACAAUCCCAAGGUUUCCAAAUAAUUAACGCAGGGUACGACUUCUGGUUCUUGAGCCCAAGAGGAAGCCCAAGCUCAAGAGGUCACAUCGACCCAGACAUUUCAGAGGCUGACUAUUGGCGUUUCGAUCUCGUCGAUAUUUGUCUGGACCAUAUUGCAGCUUUGACUUAUAUUGAGGAAGUUACAGGUUACCCACAAGUGCAUGCAGACGGUUUCUCCUCAGGAGGAUCAUCAUUAGGUCAUGCUAUUGCUGUGUAUCCUGACUUCUUCAAUGCUCAUCUCAGAUCUGUGCAUUACUUGGUCGGAACUAUGAACUUUGCUCACUGUACCUUCUAUUUGUUCAAUUGGUUGGUUGCAGUUCCCGGACUAUUGACUACUCUUGAAGACUUCGGCUUCUACGCAUUGACUAACAUUAAUUUCCCUCAACAGAUGAUCCAAGGACUUAUUUGCCAAAUGUUUGAAGAGGUUUGUGUAAGAGUAGCCGAUGAUUUAUUACAAAUUCUUGAUGGCGAUAGCGACGAUUAUAAUGCAUUCAGUACCUUCUUCUUCAGAGGAAAUGCCGGAUACUCAACUCAUCUAAUUGCUCACUAUCUGCAAAGUCUCGUGACAAAGAAAGUAACAUAUUUCGAUUACGGAGAGGAAGGUAACCUCGAAGCUUACGGACAUCCCGAGCCACCAAGGAUUCAAUACGAGAACCAUCGUAUGCCAGUAGCAAUGUAUAACGCUGAGGGCGAUACAAUUGCUGAUAUUACAGAUGCUCAAUGGUUUAUGGAUCAAAUCGGAGAUGCUCUUGUUUUCUUCCAUGAAUACCCAAGUUCCGCCCACUUUUCAUUUGGUCUCAGAAAGGAUAUGUAUUACCUAGAUGACAUGUUCGAUAUUAUGUCUCAGUACCCUAUUGAAAGAACUAAUCAAUAAUGUUGUCGCCUAAUCAUUAAGAAUUCAUU